AUGGGAAUAACAAGAGGCUUUGGGCCUACUCUACUGAUGCCGCAACCCAGUUCACAACAGUCAGGUGGUUGGCGGCAGUCACUGGCUGCUUUAUUAUGCAUACUACUGUGCUUCAUUGUGUUGCUUUCUGUCUGUUGUAUUGGAAUAUAUCUGAUUAAAGAUAAACCUGUUUAUGAGGAACUUAUUGACUACUUGGAUAAAUCGAUUGCAAUUAGCAAAAUUAAUUACAACCAACAACUUGGAUUUUUUGAGCUUGAAGAAAAUGAGCUACAAACACUAGAACAACAUCGGAUGUACAAGACCUUGCUGUGGUUAUUUUUAUUCGCCGAUUUGGGAUGCUACUUUUUCUUGACCAUUUGUAUCUUCAUAUAUCUGACUACAGAUACAAAUAGAGGCAAAGCACAUGUUGUUUUCUGGCUAUUUUUUGUGUUAGCAAUAUUAUAUUGUAUAACGGAGGUUCACGUGUUGGCAUUCAUGAUUUUCCCGCACGCAUCACUGUUACCAGGUGUCACUGAGAAUUUGUUAAAUCAUGCGAUACCGUACAAUCCUGGUGGACUGGUACAGAUGGAACAAAGACUCGGAUGUAUUUUCGAUUUAAAUCUUUACGCUGCACAAAAGAGGAAGCAAAAUCCCUUGAACACUUGUGAUCCAUACAUUUCCUCAGCUUUCAUAGGAAAAGGUGUACUAUGGACACUUUUGGCUCUACGUUUGAUGCCAGUGGUUAUAUUUGUAGUGCUGAUUAGCAAAAAGGUUACACUGAGUGAGGCGAUGGCAACAAUAGCAGAGCGAUUCCGAACUGUAAUAAGAUCUGGCAAUGCAAGGAACAAGAAAGUAAACUACAAACAAAAUUUUACGAAUGGUAAAACGACAGUAAUAGGUGUCCGGUCAACGGCAAGCACUCGGCCGAAUGUUGCAUCACCACAACCAGCUCUCUCAUUACCUGUCGAUAACGACCAUAGCACAAGUUACAACAAUGCUGCAUUCUUCGCAACAUCAGGCGCACCUGGCCUCAUUGGUUUAAAUAGCUCGAGAAGUAGCGAAAUAUCAAGGAGUGAUGCUAUUGAUUUAUAUAGACCACCGGUGCAGACAAGUAGUAGUAUAAUGUCAGAAGUUUAA